UUCAAAUCCCCAGAUAACUAAAACAGUAUUUGAUUUCUUCUUAUAUCAGAGGGAAAAUGGCCGACCGCUUGACGCGUAUUGCCAUCGUCAGCUCCGAUCGUUGCAAGCCUAAAAAAUGCCUCCAAGAGUGCAAGAAGAGCUGCUCUGUUGUUAAAACCAGGAAGUUAUGUAUUGAGGUUAGUGCUGCCUCAAAGAUUGCUUUCAUCUCUGAGGAGUUAUGCAUUGGUUGUAGUAUCCGUGUCAAGAACUGUCCAUUUAAAGCAAUUCAGAUCAUCAACUUACCUAGAGAUUUGGAUAAAGACACAACCCAUCGAUAUGGCCCCAAUACUUUCAAAUUACACAGGUUACCAGUUCCGAGGCCUGGGCAAGUUCUUGGCCUGGUUGGAACCAAUGGCAUUGGGAAAUCAACAGCCCUUAAAGUUCUAGCAGGGAAACUGAAACCAAACUUGGGUCGUUUCAAUAACCCUCCUGAUUGGCAGUAAAUCUUUACCUAUUUUCGAGGACCUGAGUUACAGAAUUAUUUUACUCGCAUCCUGGAAGAUAACCUCAAGGUGAUUCUUUACAUAAGAUUUUGGUUCUACAUCUUCAAGUCCUGUCUUUAUAUAUAUAUAAAGACAUAUUU